CAGGCAUGCCGCAGGACGAAGCCCUGGCGUCCAACGCCAGCACCUACCCCUACUUCGACUUCAACGUGCCCCGGAACGUGACGACGGCUGUGGGGCAGACGGCCUUCCUGCAUUGCCGCGUGGAGCAGCUCGGCGACAAGGGGGUGUCGUGGAUCCGCAAGCGCGACCUGCACAUCCUGACGGCGGGCAUCCUCACCUACACGAGCGACGCGCGCUUCACAGUCAUCCGGCCCGACAAGUCGGAGAACUGGACGCUGCAGAUCAAGUUCCCGCAGCAGCGAGACGCCGGCAUCUACGAGUGCCAGGUGAACACGGAGCCCAAGAUGAGCCUCGCUUUCAGCCUCAACGUCGUAGUUUUCAGUGUUUUCUAUGAAAAGUACUGA